AUGUCGCCGCCACGACGCCGUUCCUCUCGGCUUGCCGCUGCUACUCCUAAGGCCAGUAAAGCGACACCAGAGUUGUCCUCUGUCAGCGAACACCAUGAACCCGCUCAGACGCCCCGAAGGUCCUCGAAGCGAUCGCAGCAGCUCGAGCAGAGCACGCCUCAGGCUGCCCCAACCACGCCAGCUUCAUCCGCGCUGAAGCCUCCACACGAUGAGAUGCACCCCAGCAAGUGCCAGGCAUCAAUGGCAGCACCGUCCUCGGCUCUGAGGCUUGGCUUUUCCGACAUUAAGGCCUCGAGACAUGAACAGCCUGGUGUCCCUGGCUGUGCUCAAGGCACACCUACCAAGAUUGGCCGGCCCCCAUCAUCUGCUUUCACCUUUCGCUUUGUGCGCGGCGCCGCGGAUAUGAAGCUCAGCGAGAAUGCUCAGCGUCUCAUGGACGAGCUUCGGGAGCAGGCAAACAAGAUCAAGGCGGAUCUUGUGUCUCAGAGGGAGGCUGGCGGUGGGAUCGAGUUUCCAGCCAUUCAGCCUGCCAGUGAGAAGAAGAAGCAGGGUCGCUUUAGUGCCGCCCAUGAGGCCGAGUUCAAGAAGAUGGACUCGAUUGAGAAUCACGCGUCUGCCUGGAGAGCCACGCGAACCACACCCGUCAAGCCAAGCUUGAAGCGUUCAUCAUCCAAGGCUGAACUGGAUGCCGCUACUCCUACGUCCGCUAGGUCCAACUUGAAGCGGUCUCAAGCAGCCUCCACCCCAAACACGCGCCCCAAGUCGACUUUGAAGCGCACGGCAUCUCGGGCCGAUCUGGACGGCGAUGACGCCCAAUCGAAGAAGAAUGAUACGGCAUCUUCAGCCGCCAAGCCUCGCAGCACACCUCGCAAUGAGCCUGUUUCUUCCUUCGCUAAGCGAAUCAAGAAGCACGUGGAGGAUGACGCAUCGGCUGCUCGUCCCGUUUCUCGGGAUGAUAGCUCUAUUCCUCGCCCCAAGUCGAGCGGACAGGGUUCCACCGUGUCGACCCAGUCUCAAUCCAGCCUUUCGAGAUUAAUGAGCCCUACCAAGUCCUCUCGAGCUCACUUCGCUGACCAGGAGAAGCCUACCAUUUCAAUUGUCAAGUCGCCUUCGUUUUCCAAUCUGAAGGGCACACCUCAACCUGCCAUGGCUGCUGGCACCGCCUCGCCCUCUCGGUUUGAAAAUGUUCGUCGCCGAAUCAUUAGCCCCGGGCGCUUCCAGAAGGUCAAGUCAAUUCUGCGCAAGAAGAGCUCCGAGUAUAGCGAAGGCAAGAGUGCUAUCCCGGGUCCUGCAAUGCAGAUUUCUCAAACCCCAGCGGCUCCUCAGAUUGAAAAAGACCUUCCCGCAGUCCCACUUACGACACCCCGACGCAAGCUGGCCAAGCAGGUGGCCUUUACACCAGAGACGAAGCGGGCUGCCGAGUGCCAGGACUCUCCAUCACCCCAGAAGCCACUUACCUUCCAGGCUCGAUUGGCCAAGAAGAAGGCAGAGCUGCAGCAAGAUUUCUCAUCUAUUGAUGAGAUACUGGUAGACUCGACUGCAAGCGAAACCUCUGACGUGGUGUAUCCCGACCUAUCCGCAUUCAAGACGCUUACAGAGUCCGCCGACGAAAAGAAGGCACCGAAGCUCCCCGAGUCUGUUCCGGGAACGUUCACAUUCCGAUCCGACCACACUAUCAGUUUCGGAGCCGCUUCAUCAACCGGGUUCGGUGCGUCUCCUGGCCAGUCUAGCGUCCGCCAGGUCCGAAGCUCUAUUGCCCCGAAGGCGACAAGCAUGCCUGGCAGCUUUCCAGCUUUGCCUUCCCCUAGCACACAUCCCAACAAGGAGAACAGGGCACCGCCCCCAUCGAAUGUCAUUCUUGGAGCUCCCCAUGGGAUGUCAAACAAGAAGCGCCACAGGGCAACAUGGGACGAAGAGGACGCAGAGAAGGAGGCUGCUGAGCGGGCAGCUAAGAAGGCGAAGAAUGAGCAUGUUCCUGAAGGUCAGGCACUGCUUGCCCCUCGUCUGGUUGGAGCCACCCCAGGCAGCGUUAAGAAGACCCAGGUGGGACGUUCGGUGAACAAAACUCCUGGCUCGGCCACUCCAAGCAAGAAGCGUGCUGGCUUGAGUAUGAGCCGCCUUAACAUGCUUGCUCGACCUAAACACCGGGCUUAG